UCAUGCUCUUCGAGCUCGUCACUGGCCUAUCCAGGAUCCAGAUUCUACACCUUCUUUCACGUCCCGUGUUCGAUUCCCCACUCUCCCUUCCCUCUCUCUAUGUCUGUUAUUUUUUUUUUUUUUGGUCUAUAACUAACCAUUUUAGUAACUGACUCCAACUUCUUCUUCACUCUUCUUUGUCCCUUCUGCUCCUUCUCUUUCUCUUCUCUCUCUCUCUCUGUCAACGCACAUGGCUUCCCUCCACCACGCUAAUGUUGUUAAGGGUGCCACAGUUCUUAUGGUUGGAGCAGGUGGUAUUGGCUGCGAGUUACUCAAGACACUUGCUCUCUCUGGCUUUCAAGAUAUUCAUAUCAUUGAUAUGGACACAAUAGAAGUCAGUAACCUUAACAGACAAUUUUUGUUCCGGCAAUCACAUGUUGGGCAGUCAAAGGCCAAGGUCGCUCGCGAUGCUGUGUUACGAUUUAGGCCUCACAUAAGCAUUACGCCAUACCAUGCAAACGUGAAAGAUUCUAACUUCAAUGUUGACUUUUUCAAGCAGUUUAGUGUUGUUCUGAAUGGUCUUGACAAUUUGGACGCAAGGCGACACGUGAACCGUCUUUGCUUGGCAGCUGAAGUUCCUUUGGUUGAAAGUGGGACUACUGGGUUUUUAGGACAGGUCACAGUGCAUGUGAAGGGGAAAACAGAGUGCUAUGAGUGUCAGCCUAAACCUGCCCCAAAGACAUAUCCUGUUUGUACAAUUACUAGUACUCCAUCCAAGUUUGUUCACUGUAUUGUUUGGGCAAAGGAUCUUCUUUUUGCAAAGUUUUUUGGAGACAAGAAUCAGGAAAAUGAUUUAAAUGUACGGUCUAGUGAUGCUUCUAACUCAUCAGAACAUGCUGAAGAUGUAUUUGAACGAAGAAACAAUGAAGAUAUUGAGCAAUAUGGAAGGAGAAUUUAUGAUCAUGUGUUUGGUUAUAAUAUUGAGGUGGCUUUGUCUAAUGAGGAGACGUGGAAAAACUGUACUAGGCCAAAGCCCAUAUAUAGUGGGGAUGUUCUUCCUGAAAACUUGAAUCAUCAAAAUGGUAAUGUUGAUAAAAGCCGUGCAACUGAUGAUCUUUCAUCAGUGUCUUCCAUGGCAUCUUUGGGCUUGAAGAAUCCACAGGAUGUAUGGAGCCUUACAGAAAAUUCAAGAGUUUUUCUUGAAUCUUUGAAACUAUUUUUUGCAAGCAGAGAAAAGGAGAUUGGAAACCUGAGUUUUGACAAAGAUGAUCAGUUAGCAGUGGAAUUUGUUACUGCUGCAGCAAAUAUUCGAGCUGCUUCAUUUGGGAUUCCUUUGCAUAGCCUCUUUGAAGCUAAAGGUAUUGCAGGUAAUAUCGUGCAUGCUGUGGCAACGACUAAUGCAAUUGUAGCUGGUUUAAUUGUCAUUGAAGCAAUCAAGGUGUUGGAAAGGGAUACUGACAAUUACAGGAUGACAUAUUGUUUAGAACAUCCAUCAAGAAAGAUGCUUCUUAUGCCAGUGGAACCCUUUGAACCUAACAAAUCAUGCUGUGUUUGUUCUAAGUCACCACUAUCGCUGGAGAUUAAUACUCACCGUUCAAAGUUGCGGGAUUUUGUUGAGAAGAUAGUUAAAGCCAAGCUUGGCAUGAACUUCCCAUUGAUUAUGCAUGAAUCAAAACUUCUUUAUGAAGUUGGUGAUGAUCUUGAAGAUGAUAUGAUAGCAAAUUAUACUGCCAACCUUGAAAAGGUGCUAUCUGAGCUACCUUCUUCAGUUACUGGUGGAACAAUGCUCACAGUAGAAGAUCUUCAACAGGAGUUCACUUGCAAUAUCUAUAUCAAGCAUAGGGAAGAAUUUGAUGAGGAGAAAGAACCUGAUGGAAUGGUUCUCUCUGGAUGGACACGUGCUCCUGAUAAGAAGGAUGAUAACAAGUCAGUUGGAAAUGGUGGGAGCACAUCAAAGGCAUCACCAACAGAGGCUCAAAAAGCAGUUGAGCUUGAUGAAAUUUCAGAAGGGACUGAGAUUUCUGGGAAGAAGAGAAAACGACCAGAGGUUUCAACCAAUGAAACUAAUAAUCACAAUGAAGUCCAAAAGGUUGAUGUUGUUGACGAUGAAGACGAUGAACUAGUCAUGCUUGAUCAUUGGGAUACAGACAACAAGAAGAAAAGGUUGCAAUAGUUUUUGGUUCAACUUUGUUGACAUCCUAAUUUUGUAACAUUGGGGAGAAUGGUGAUUCUUUGGUGCUCAUAAUUGCUAUUAGGUAGCAGCUUUUUAGUGUCUUUGGAUGAGUAGAUACCAUUAAUUGUUUCACCAUUUCACUUUUGUGGUUUACUGGUGUUCUAACAAUGCUCAUUCUUCCUAGCUAGCUAAGAUUAACAGAGUGGAAUUUUGUAAUGGUACAAAAUAUGAAGUACCUGAAUAUUUUGGAAAUUAUAGUCAGUUUUCAAACUUGAUCAUAA